AAAUUGAAAUACAAGUGGAUCGAGAGUCGCCACGCGUUUAAACUUGCAAGGAUCAAGAAGUUGCGAAUCAGCCGCAUCUCGCUCUCGAUUAAGAAUGCGUAUGGAAAUGGAAACCACGAACGAGAAAAUUACGACAUGGCCUUUGGAGGAGCAGCUGCUUCUGCUACUGUUACGGCAUCCAAAUUUGCAGGAAGAUUUAGCAGUAAUCCAUUUCUUCUAUCAACUAAUCACCUUCCCAAGCUCCGCCUCCAUCGCACUCCCUUCUCCGCAUUUCCAACCAAUCCACCUGGAUUGAAAUACCAAAUUUGCGCUGUAAGUGGAGCCGCAAUAGAUCCUGUUUCUUCAAAUAAAGAGAAUGGAGAACGGUCACCUGAAACUUGGAAGAUCAAAAUGCUCUAUGAUGGAGACUGCCCACUCUGUAUGCGGGAGGUUAAUAUGCUGAGAGAGAGGAACAGGCGAUAUGGCACAAUCAAGUUUGUUGACAUAAGUUCAGAUGAUUACACUCCUGAAGGAAAUCAGGGCCUCGACUACAAAACUGUUAUGGGAAGAAUCCAUGCAAUCCUUGCAGAUGGUACUGUGGUCAGAGAUGUUGAAGCCUUUAGAAGGCUUUAUGAACAAGUUGGUCUUGGAUGGGUUUAUGCUGUUACAAAAUAUGAACCAGUUGCAACACUAGCUGAUGCUAUAUAUGGUGUCUGGGCAAAAUAUCGUCUUCAGCUGACAGGCCGGCCACCUCUGGAAGAUAUUUUGAUAGCGCGGAAGAAAACCAAGGAUGAAGUAUGUAAUGACAGCAAUGCUUGCAAGAUGUAAUCCUUCUUGGCAACGAAUGCUUCGGGAUCUUUGAUGAUAAUUCUCGUUUGGUCGUUCGGUUACUAGAAAGAGUAGAAAAUGACUCAAGCUAGUCAAUGUAAUUAAUUUGAAAGCCAGUAGUUCCUCUUACAUUCUUGUAUACAUAGCUUACAAAAUUUUCAAAUGUAAUUUGGUAAGAAAUCAUUGCUUUUCCUAAUGAAAUAUAUUGAUUUGAGAUUCUAACAGAACGCCACUGGAAAUCCUAACCAUCUACAAUUUCAUCUCGUUGUUUCCAUUUGCAUUUA